GGCGAAUGUUGGGACGAUUAAUUUCGUUGUCAGGUAACUGUCAAAAACAGGCUAACGCGGAGUGCUAUUCGUUCACAGCAUCGACGAUAUUUUCCCGCAAAUCUGUAUUUACUAAUUGCGAUACAUCAUGGCAUUCCUCGAGUGGAGACGCAUCAAUUUCUUCGACCUUAAAAAAGAGGUUGACGGUGGAAAGAUAGCCGAAGCUCUCAAAGAGGCUCAAGUUACGGCAGCUACAAGCGGUAACAGCAACAUAGUUUUCGGAGACGACAACGGCAUGGUGCAUUUAGUGAACAGGACUUACGAUGUUACCAGUUUUCAUGCGUACGAGAUCACGUUAACAUUAGCCCAACUGAUUCAACAUUCCAAUUACUUGUUUACUAUUGGCGAAGAUGAGAAAGGUUGUAAUCCUACGAUAAAAGUCUGGAACUUAACCAAACUAGACAAACACGACAAUCCGACGUGCAUUCGUAUAAGUAGAGCCAUACCUGGCUACAGAGCAGUUCCGGCGACUGCUUUGUACGUUCACAGUAAUCUCACUUUAAUGGCCGUGGGUUUUGGGGAUGGCUCCAUUAUGCUUUAUAGAGGCGACUUGACCAGGGAAAGAAAGAACAAAAUAAAGGUGUUGAAAGACACCAAUAUCUCCAUCACUGGCUUAGGGAUAAGAUCUACAGGCAAACAGAAUCAUUUGUUCGUUGCUACGCAUAGCAGUGUCUUUUUAUAUAAUAUCACUACCAUGGACAAAGAAAUUAAAUUCCCUUUGGACGUUGUGGGCUGCGCUAGAAAAUGUAGCAUUCUCACGGAGUCUAUGCAGGAUAGUCACUUCAUGAUCGGUCACAACAAAGCGAUCUAUUGUUAUACACCGGAUGGCAAUGGACCUUGUUAUCCGGUGGGGGGCCAAAAAGUAAUGUUGGAAUGGUUCAGAAAUUAUAUAGUAAUCGUAGCGAAGGAAGCAGUCAACGUUCCAAGAACAACGACUACCAUUUCUGCGAAACCAAGCCCUAUAGAACCGAUACCGCCAGGAGUGGAUAAACAUAUGAUCACAGUGAUCGAUAUACAGAAUAAGUUCAUUGCUUUCUCUUCAUCGAUGGUGUCCGUGCAAGCAGUGGUAUCAGAAUGGGGCGGGUUUUUCAUACUCAGCGGUGAUAAAAAGCUUUACCACUUGGAUGAGAAGGAUUUACAGUCGAAAUUGGCAUUACUUUUUAAAAAGAACUUAUACGAUGCGUCUAUAAGAAUAGCUAAAAAUCAACAAUACGAUGCCGAAGGUCUCAUCGAUAUAUUCCGACAAUACGGGGACCAUUUGUAUUUGAAAGGAGAUCAUAAUGGCGCCAUAGAGCAAUACAUUAAAACUAUAGGCAAACUGGAGCCCUCGUACGUGAUCAGAAAAUUUUUAGACUCCCAACACAUCGAUCAUUUAACAACUUAUUUGCAAGCUUUGCAUAAAAAUGGACACGCGACGGGAGAUCAUACCACUUUGUUGUUGAACUGUUACACGAAAUUGAAUCAUACUGAUAAAUUGAAAGAGUUCAUCAUGACGAAAGACAGAGAGGUCGAUUUUGACGUAGAAAUUGCGAUAAAAGUCUGUCGUCAAGCGUCGCCGGAAGAUGCGCUGCUUCUUGCGCAGAAGCAUGCGCGACACGAAUGGUAUCUUCGUAUUCAAAUUGAAGACAAACACGAGUACGAGAAAGCAUUGGAGUACAUAGCAACUUUGGAGUUCGAGGAAGCAGAGUCCAAUAUGAAGAAAUAUGGCAGCGUUCUCAUAGAAAAUGUGCCAAACGAGUCUACGCAGUUUUUAAAAAGUUUGUGUACCAAUUACAGGCCUUCCAACAAACCGCUUGUGGAUCAGGAAACUUUAGAUGGCACUACCAGCCAACACGUUGACAAAGCUAACCCCGAAGACUUCAUUCACCUGUUUUUAAAUAAUUCUGAACGACUGGUUGAAUUCUUGGAACAUUUAGUAAAACUUGACGCCAAGUGGAGUACUUUGGUGUACAAUACGUUAGUGGAACAUUACCUACACGUGUGGUCAGCCUUGGACACCGAUGUUGCCAAAGUGCAGUUCGAACAGAAAAUUGUUCGACUUCUGCAAAACUCAGAAGCGUGUUACGACAAGGAUCAAAUAUUAAUUCUGUGCCAUCAGCAUAACUUCAGACGCGGUCUGCUCUUUCUUUACGAAGAAAGCAAACUGUACGUUGAAGUAGCUCGUGUGAUAAAUAAGACCGUAUUUAGAAAUGUUGUCUUACGGAUUGUGUUUGUCGGUAGAUAUCAGGAAAUAUUGCAGUUUCAUUUACGAGAAGCGGACAGCGAACAAAUUUUAGCUACUUGCAAACGGUUUGGCCAUCAGGAUCCAAAUUUGUGGGUUCAAGCUUUGUGGAGCGUCGCUAGGAACAAAAAUGCUUCGCUCAAGCUCCUCGCAGACAUACUGGAAAAUAUAGAACAAGAGAGACUUUUGCCGCCAUUGAUGGUGAUCGAUGCAAUUUCAACUUCGCUAUCCUGCACCUUCGGCGAUGUUAGAACUUAUUUAAACAAUGUGUUACGAACAAAUCACGAACAGACGCAGGCAGAUAUCGAUUUAAUCGAAAAGUAUCGUACGGAUACUUUAAAAAUACGCGAACAAAUAGAGUCGAUAAAAAAUAACACGAUAAUUUUCCAAGGAUCGCGUUGCAGCGCGUGUCAUCGUCAAUUGGAACUACCAUCGGUGAAUUUCAUGUGCCAGCAUUCGUAUCACCAACAUUGCUUUCAAAGUUACUCCGAGAACGAGAACGAGUGCCCAGUUUGUUUACCAAACAAUAAAAAGUACCUAGACGUAAUAAAAUCACAGGAACAAUCGAAGGAUCUUCACGAAAUAUUUCACAGGCUGCUUGAUCGCGCGGAUGAUCCAUUUUCAUUGGUCGCCGAAUACUUUGGCCGAGGAGUUUUCAAAAAAUUAACGGUGAUCACCGAUACGGACAAACCGUUAUCUACUUCGUCCACGAAAUUUGAAGAACCAAAGUUGAAUUACGGGCCAGGAGCAGAAGCCAAAAUUAGGUUAACGGAGGGGAAGAAUUCAACAUUAGGAAACACCGAUGUUCGUCGACCUCAAGACAACUACUCCGUAGCAGCGAACGAUCGUUUACGAUCAUUUCCAAGGUCAGACGUUCAUUCUUCGUCGUCGGAAGCAAAUACCUCUGGCGUGGUACCUACUUCCCGAGGGAAUUCAACGAAAGUUUCCUCGGUGCCCAUAAAGGAAGCCCGGAUUUUAAAUAGCACGACACCGAAAUCAUCGCCGAUUCAGAAGUCUUUCGUGCCGCCAACAUCGCCGAUCGUACCGUUUAAACCGUCCAAAACGAACGAGUACGACGAAUCAAAAAAUCCUUUCUUCGGAGAUGACGACGUUAAUGCCAUUGACAAUGACGAGUACGACGACGAUGACGACGAUUACUACAACAAAAACCUAAAUCCUUUCACUAGAUAAACUGCGUUUAUUUUAUCCAACUACUAUAAAUCUCAUAAACGAACAGUAAGUGAAUUAAACGUUAUUACGCAGACCAAGAACUGUCAAAGCUUGUAAAGAAAACUAGACGUCGUAAACAUUAUUAUUAUUAUGCGCAUUGUAAAUUAACUCGAUAUAAUUUAGCGUCGAUUAGCGUGAAUAUAACUAUUAUUCCCCAUCGUUCUCAUCAUCCGAAUCUAUUACGAAUUUUGUAUUAUUUUUUAACUUUUUUCAUAUACACAUCAAACGAUAAUCUUUUGGUGCUUCGCGUGGUAUUGUAAAAUGUGACAUUCUCUCGUCGACCGAUGGGAAUUUAUCCCCAGAAAGCACGAGGGGCGUAUAAAUGUAUAUUAAACAGUUACUUGUAUAUAUUGCUUCGUAUCAUGUUUUACGUCACCAACAUAUAUCCACAAAAUAUAUAUUAGGUUAUU